GGGAGGACAGAGCAGGCCUGGAUUCUCAGAGCAUCCGCUUGGUCAGCAGAUAUAUCCCACACAGGCUUCUUGGGUGACAGCACGUGGGUCUAGCUUACCUCUCAGACCUCAGUGCCCCAAGCCAGCCCUGGAGCUCAGCCCCUCCAAGGAAGCCUGUGCUGGUGCCCUCAGGCCAGUCUGACCCUCUUUCCUUAGGCAGAUCCGCAGGCUGUUUUGUAGCUUAGCUCUUUGAGGACAAUGGCUGCUCCUUCCUGAGUCUUCCCCUUCAGGCUGAGCAACCCUGCCUCUUCUCUCAGAACAGGCUUCCUGAUGCUUCCCUGCCCAGCCACUCAACCCCAUCCUCUCAGCUUGGCCCUGAGAUGCCUGGGACUCAGACCAUAGACAGGAAUCUCAGAAGGUGCAGAUUACAGGAAAACAGGGUCAACUGCUGGACUGGGGAUCACGUCAGGUGUAGGGAACAACCACGUGGGUGCCUGAGACUGUGGAUGUUCCAGACUGGUGGUUUCAGUGCUAGAACCCUGACAAGUCACUGGCACACAGGAGAAGGUUCCCAGGAUGGGGCAGUUCCAAGAUGGCCAAGAGCUACAAAAGCUUCAGAAAAGGGCAGCGAAAUACCCGUGCGCCAGUCCUCGCUGGCUGUGGGGGAGCAAAGUUACCCUCAUAGUCUAUGACCCGGACUACAUGAAGGUGAUCCUGGGGCGAUCAGACCCAAAGUCUCAUGGCUCCUACAGAUUCCUGGCUCCCUGGAUAGGGUAUGGUUUGCUCCUGUUGAAUGGUCAGAUGUGGUUCCAACACCGGCGGAUGCUGACCCCAGCCUUCCACUAUGGCAUCCUGAAGCCCUACGUGGGGCUCAUGGAUGACUCUGUCCGCGUGAUGCUGGACAAAUGGGAGAACCUCAUCAGACAGAACUCAUAUGUGGAGAUCUUUGAGCAUGUCUCCUUGAUGACCUUAGACACCAUUAUGAAGUGCGCCUUCAGCUACCAGGGCAGCCACCAAGCAGACAGGAUCUCCCAGUCCUACAUCCAGGCCAUUCAAGACCUGAGCAACCUGAUCUUUUCCCGAGUGAGGAAUGUUUUCCACCAGGAUGACAUCAUUUAUAGGCUGACCCCUGAAGGCCGCUGGAACCACCGGGCCUGCCAGAUUGCCCAUCAACAUACAGACCGAGUGAUCAAGCUGAGGAAGGCUCAGCUGCAGGAGGAGGGAGAUCUGGAGAAGGUCAGGAGCAAGAGGCACUUGGACUUCCUGGAUAUCCUCCUCUUUGCCAGAACGGAGGACGGCAGCAGCUUGUCUGACAAGGACCUCCGUGCCGAAGUGGACACGUUCAUGUUUGAGGGCCAUGACACCACAGCCAGUGGCAUCUCCUGGAUCCUCUAUGCCCUGGCCACGCACCCUAAGCAUCAGCAGAGGUGCCGGGAGGAGGUCCAGAGUCUCCUGGGGGAUGGUACCUCCAUCACCUGGGACCACCUAGACCAGAUGCCUUACACCACCAUGUGCAUUAAAGAGGCACUGCGACUCUAUCCACCAAUUCCAGGCAUUGGCAGAGAGCUCAACAAGCCCAUCACUUUCCCUGAUGGACGUUCCUUACCCAAAGGAUUCCAGGUGUCCCUCUCCAUUUAUGCCCUUCACCACAACCCGAAUGUGUGGCCAAACCCAGAGGAGUUUGACCCUUCACGGUUUGCACCGGGUUCUGCCCGACACAGCCACGCUUUCUUGCCCUUCUCAGGAGGAGCAAGGAACUGCAUCGGGAAGCAGUUUGCCAUGUGUGAGAUGAAGGUGGCGGUGGCCCUGACCCUGCUCCGCUUUGAGCUGGCGCCAGAUCCUUCCAGGGUCCCUGUUCCCUGGCCAAGAAUUGUGUUGAGGUCCAAGAAUGGGAUCCACCUGCAUCUCAGGAAGCUCCCCUAAAAUCUGUGCAGACAAGGAUGAGCCCGAGAACCUCCUGCCUACCAUCCUGUCUUCCUGUCUGUGUCUCCCGUCCCCUUUCUUCUGCCUCCCUCACAACCUCCAUGAUCUCCCCCUCUUUCCCAUCAGACUGUCUGCCCU